AGCAAAAGUUUAUAAAAUGCUGGGACACACUUGAGGCGCGUUUAGUUUUAUUCCCGGCAUCUGAAGCAUUGGUUAGAUUUUAAAUUUAAAAAAUAUAAAAAAUUUGAAACAUGUACGGCCAAUCGGUGAGUAUUCGAACAUUUUCAUUUUUUCUUCAAUAGAACAAUUUUUUUCAAACACGUUAGUUACCUAAUAAAAAGACUGAAAAACACAGUAUAAUUACAGAUCCUUUAAAAAUUCAUUGUCACUCUUCUAAAAAAUAUUUUUUAUAUUAAUUGACAGGUACUUUAUUUACUAUGGCUUUCAAGCGUUUUGGCCGAAAUGCCUAUAAUGAGUAUGCCUAUGGAGAAACAGUCAAUGAUGAUGGCGGAAGGGACUGUGCCACGAGAAACUAAAACCACCGUCGACAAUCAAAUUUCACCAUGUCCGCCAUUUUAUCCGAAUUUUGGACUUUAUUUACCACCACCGAGUUUCUCACGACCAUAUGGACCACCUACAUAUCCCAAGAAGGAAAUCGCUGUAUCAGUAGCAGACAUAGCGACUCAAGUGCAGUUCGUGCAUAGACCAAGCGCCAUGGCAAUCAUGCCAAAACAAACAAUUUCUUACGUGAAACCUGUUCACUCGGCUGUGAGUUUUCAGACCGUGCAGCAGUCGAUUGUUCAUCGAAUCCCGCAGAUUCAUCCAAUUCAUCCGACUUAUCCAAUAAUCAAGCAACCAACGUAUGCAGUUCCAGAAUAUAUGCCUCCAAAAGUCAUAUUUGAGAAGCCGAAAAUUUCCUACAUUCCACUUCAUACCAAACCGAUAAUCCAACCAAUUACCUAUACGAAAACAAUAGCAAAACCAAUUUCAUUCUCGGCAAUGAACUUCAAAAAGUACGAAUAUCCAAUUGUUUAUCAAAAACCAACUAUUUCGUUCAAUCCUGUUCCCGCGUGCGAACACAGUCCUCCACCACCACCACCCCCUGUCAUCGUACCUGGUCCCCAACAUAUUUCAUACAACCCAGUUCAUCCAAUUGUCCCAGCAAAAUUGAUCCAUGUACCACCGCCUAUUUCAUACGUCAAGGUAGCACAACCUAUAUUUCAUGCGGUGCAGCCGAUCUAUUCUGCACAUGCACAUUCAGCUGUACCUGUACCGGCACCCGCACCAGCUCCUACACCCGUAACUAAAGCAUCGGAAAUAAUUACUCAUCCUUGCACAAAAUGAUACAAGAAUUACAGGAAUUCGACUGUAUUUUGAGCAUACGGCGUAUUGCUUUAUUUAAUGCCUGUACUUGAUGCCUCACAGGAGGUGACGGUUUAUUUUCUUAAUUCCUAUAAAUAAAUUUAUUUCUAAUGAAGUAUGCUGGAAUUAUAUUUGUUUUAGGACUCUGUAACGUUUAUGUUGACCAUGCUAUGAUAUAUAUGCUAUUCCAUGUAUCGUAGAAGAUUAACGUAUGUAAAUAUCCAAAUCAACAAAUUGUAAUCUCAAACCGUAAAGUUUACCUAAUUCAUUUUCAUAUUUAUCUCUGAGAAUUUGAUUUAGUUUUCUUCUUGAUACAUAAACAAUGGUUUUCAAUUGUCUAUAUCCUCUCUGCGAUCCGUCUGAGUAUUCAUCGUUUGUGAAAAAUAUACGUUUGAAAUAUAAUUAUUAUUACAUAUCUAAGGUCAAAAAGUGAAGAAACAGAACAAUAAGAUAUUAUGCCACUAUCAUUUACAUAGCUCUGCCUUUUGUUAAGAUUUAAAUUUGCUGAGUCGGUUUAACGCCAAUUGCCGAAACGCCAUGUUACACAAUUUGUGUCAAUUGUUCUCAAGAAUUUUUCUGCGUACUUUUCAUUCUAUUAUGUAUUUAUAUUAGGAUGUGCAUA